AGGUGUAGACAUGGCGUCGAAAGUGUCCCGUGACACGCUCCUUGAGGGCGUCAGUGGUAUUCUGGAGCAUUCGCUCACUAAGAAGCGCGGCUUCCUGGAAACGGUGGAACUGCAAAUUGGCCUGAAAAAUUAUGAUCCCCAAAAGGACAAGCGUUUCUCCGGCACUGUUAAGUACGUUGGCUAAAAUACCUGCGCUGCGAACCAUAUGAUUCCCAUUGGGAACUGGCUUCAGCGUUAGGCAGCCGUAUUUGUGCUCAAACCACAUUACGGCGGACCUGCACUCAGGGUCUUAAAAUCAAAUUGAGUAGACACCAGCAAUGGUGCCGAACCCUUUAGUUAAGACAUAAUUACAAAUGCCUGCUCCUCUGCGAGCUGUGUUGAAGCACAUCCCACGCCCCAAGAUGAAGGUGUGCAUUCUGGGCGAUCAGCAGCAUUGCGACGAGGCCAAGGCCAAUGGCGUUGAGUUCAUGGAUGCUGAGGCACUCAAGAAGCUGAACAAGAACAAGAAGCUGGUUAAGAAACUGGCCAAGUCCUAUGACGCCUUUCUGGCCUCCGAAUCGCUGAUCAAGCAAAUUCCACGUCUGUUGGGCCCCGGCCUAAACAAGGCUGGCAAGUUCCCUGGUCUUUUGUCGCAUCAGGAGUCGAUGAUGGGCAAAAUCGAGGAGGUCAAGUCCACCAUCAAGUUCCAGAUGAAGAAGGUUCUGUGUCUGUCCGUUGCCGUUGGACACGUCGGCAUGAAACAGGACGAGCUCUCCCAAAACGUCAGCUUGUCGAUCAAUUUCUUGGUCUCGCUGCUGAAGAAGAACUGGCAGAACGUUCGCUCCCUGCACAUCAAGUCAUCGAUGGGCCCACCCCAGCGUCUGUACUAAAUUGUUGUGUGCUCGCUGCAAACUAAUAUUUUAUAUAAAUAAAAUUUACAUUUCAUCAAUGUACGUAACUGGAUUGCA